GAAUUUUGCUGCCUGUCCCCUGAUUGGUAUUUCUGUCAUAGAGUCAGUUAGCAACAACAGUCAGCCAGAAGGAGAACUGCUAAGAUCUUAGGGCUCCAGAAGCGAUGACCUUGCAUAGGCCGCAAGGCUCCCAAAGAGAAGCUGAAGGAGUCGGGUGCAGAGAUGUGGGCUAGGUCAGGAAGAGGGCGCUCUGUAGAAACAAGUAAGACAAGAGACAGAGCUGGACAGAAGGAUCCAGAAGGCAAAGGAAAGAGUGGGAAUUGAGGAAGGGGGGUAGGAACCAGCAAAGGUGGCAACAGAGAAGCAGGAGCUGGGGAUGUACGUAGAGAAGCAGGAGCUGGGGACGUACGUCCUGCCCAAAGCCAGCCCAGCUUGGCAUGCGCUCACAGCAAGGGCCAGGCAGCUCUGUGAGUGCAGGGCAGGGCCUGGAGUCCACAGGACAGACAUGGUCAGGGGAUGUACCCAGGUAGGGUCCCUUUGUUUUGGGUUAAAUUGUAUCUCCCCAAAAAGAUGAAUCUAGUUUAGUAGUAGGGAAUCUAGUUGAGUGGUAAAGUAUUUGCCUAGGCUGUGUGAGGCUCAAGUUGAGUUCCCAGCAUUAGAGGACACAUUGUGUCCUCAUUUGGAAAUGGGAUCUUGAUCAUCAAGUUAAGAUGAGGUCAUUAGAGUAGGUCCUGAUGCAGUGGUAGUGUGCUUCUAAGAAGAAACAUGGACACACAUGUAGGGUGUAACAGUGGAGACUGAGUGAGUCAGGACUCAUGGAGUCCCAUGCCCGGAAAGAUCUAGAGCCCCAGGAGCCUUGGAAAUACUCCCUAAGCCAACAGAACGAGGGCAGGCAGGUCUGCACACUUGGAUUUUGAACUUGAAGACUGCAAGACUGUGGGAUGAUGAACUUCUGAGCUGAAGCUACUCAGCAAGUGGUCCUCUAUCCCUUCAGGUCCAGGAUACCCAUGGUCCUUAUCUCUCUGUCCCAGGCUAUGUGGAAGUGGCAACUCCUGUAGCAGGAGAUACUUAACACAAGAAGGACCUCAGAAGCUUGGGCAGGGCAGGGGCCCAACCUGGAGACAAACAGGAGUCAGAAAAGCGUGCAGCAGGAGGCCUGUGCCUUUUACUCAGCGUAGGGGUGGCGGCCUGCUUUCUUUCCACUUUGCUCUCUGAUGGCAGAGGGUUUUCCUAGCAGCUUGUUUUCGUUUUCCUUGUUAUUCUCUUCAGUCAGUUAUCACACCAAUGCCUGGUUCCAUGUCCUCAGGACAUCAGGGAUUACAGAAGUACAUCCUGGGUCUGCCCUGGACUUUAUCUUGUCACUGCUGACCUAAGCCUACCUGAUGUAAAAAGGCUUUCUUCAGCAACACCUGUCAUUAGGGUGCUGGACCCACGGUGCCCAGUGUCUAGGCUAGGCCUGCCACCCUGCUCAUUCACCUCUUGUCGAUUACACUCAACCUUACUGGGAUGGCUUGUCUUUGAGAGCGGUUGCCUGUGUAUUCUCUCACCCUGGCUGGCCCCCUGAGGAGUGGAGAUCUCUACACGGAGUGGAGCUCUGGCUCCUUGGCUGAGUGGUACAAGGAGGAAUGGUUUCUUUUGGGUGCUUUAGCAUCCUGGCUUCAGUGCCCUGAAGAUUCCUCUUGAGACUCUUGUCCAAGUGCGUAGGCCUUUUCAUGGCUCUGGUAAUGAGGGGCCGUGGCUAGGUCAGAUGGCGCUGGGAUCCAAUUGUAACAGCAGCUUAGGGGGAAUAAGUUUAGAAACACCAUAAGUAAGCCCCAGGCUGGUCCACUCUGGCUCAAGCAAGCAUGGUAAGGUCCACACAGCCACGAGGGGUUCCUCAGGAGGCAGGAGCAUCCAGCUCCUGCUGCUGCUUCUUGGGGCCACUGAGAGGCUCCUCGAUAGAGGUGCAUUCUGUCUUUGGGUCAGGUGGUCACCAUGAGGCUGAGCAGUGCUCACUGGUCUUAAGAAUGAGAAUCAGAGAGACCAGGAAAGGACGGACGGUGUGGCUGGCUUUGGGCUCUAGUGGGCACCAUAUAGGUUCCCACAACUCUGAAGUGCAGCUGGGGCUGUACCAGUGUUGCCCUCUGGCUCUCUCUCUCUCUCAUUAUAGCCGCUUCCAUUCCAAGCCACUAUAUUCCUUGGCUGCAGCUAAAUUGUGCACGGGCCUCUGCCUCCUUCACUUCCUGGUGGGUGUGCUUCCCUGCAUUCUUGUCCUGGCUAAGAUGUGUCUGGCUCUGUGCUAGGUAGAGACUCACCCUUGGGCUGUAGGAGUGUUCUGGCCCACCUAAAUGUCACUGAUUGAGCAGUGACAGUUUUUCCUGAGGAUUUUCACCUGAAGUCCCUGAUGGACAUGACCUAGAGGAUGUGGUGACGUGCUAGACAGCUGGAGACAAACAGUGAUCCCUGGAGUUUUAUGCCGCCCUGAUACAGAGAGGUGUCCUUACAGUCGGUCGGCUGUCACUCUGCUGUGAAGAGGCCCUUCGUCUCCAGCAAGGGGCCUGCAGGGGAAGUUUGGGUUUUUGUUGAUGGUGGUUUUGUAUUUUGAGGUGGGCUAGCUUGCGACAUUUCAGGCUAACCUGAAAUUCACGGUCAUUCUGCCUUGGCCUCCCAGUUGGUGGAAUUACAAGCAUAUGCCAGCACAUAUGCCUUGAAGUUGAAGUCAGAGUUCCUGGGGACUGACAGGGCCUUAGCCCACAGUGCAGAUAAGACUGAGCCAUAUAGCAUACAUAGACUUCACAGGUGUACUGUGAAGAGUCAUCACAGAUGGACACAGGGACAGACACAGUGGCAGCUACAAUCUCAUUGCUUCUCAGUGCAGGUCCCUCCAUAUUUAAGUUGGACUCUGACUGCAUUAAGAAUGUGACACAACCUACAGGGCUGCUCCUAUAACCAGUCCUGUCCCUCCUCCCUCCCCUCAGUUGGCUGUGCAGGCCAUCCAGAGUGUCAGCUUCUCCACUACAUGUUCCCAUGAAUGGCAGCCCUGCUUGGGCUGUGGAGGUGUGUCCUGGUCUCAUCCUGGGCCUGAAACUCACUAUGUAAACUAAGUCAGCCUCAAAAUGAUUCUCCUGCCUUAGCUUCUGCAGUACUGGACUUACAGGUGUAUUCUACCACGCCCAGCAACUUCUGCCUUUGAGGAGACUGUCUCGGGGCUCAGGCCCUGGUCUUAGGUCCUCAAGGUGUCAGUCCUAGUGUUGAACCUCACAUGGCCUCAGAACCAUUUCCCUGUCAGAUUGACCUCCUGUAAAAUUUUUAAUAGUUGAAUUAUUUUCUUGGUCAAAUUUUAACAAAUGGUUAGAAGUAAAAGGAGAAGCAGCUGGGCCUCGUGGUACAGGCUGCACGGUCCCAGCCUUGGGAGGCAGAGGGUGAGAGGAGCUCAGGUCCUCCGUGGCUGCAGAGUGAGCUGAGGUUCUGCCUUAGAUCUUCGUCUUAGUGACAUAAACAUCGCGUCCUUAGAUAAAGACUUAGAAGAACAGGACCUUGGAUUGACAGGUCCCAGGUCGCUGGCAGGCUCAGCACCCGUCACCAUUCCGGGCUCCCUGCCCCGCUCGCCAUCCUUGCACUCGUCCUCAUCCCUAUCCACCUCCCCACUCAGCUCGCUCUCCCAGUCCCUGUCGGGGCCACUCGUCUCCUCGGCCAUGACGCCCCCCCAGCAGCCACCACCCCUCCGGUCGGAGCCGGCUACGCUGGGCUCUGCAGCCUCAUCUUACAGCUCUUUAGGUCUGAACGGCGUUCCCGGGAGCAUCUGGGACUUUGUUUCUGGCAGCUUCUCUCCUAGCCCAUCCCCCAUUCUGAACUCCGGCCCUUCGGCUUCCUCAAGUGCAAGUCCAAACAGUGCUGAGCUGGCACGGGUCAGGCGGCAGCUAGACGAGGCCAAGAGGAAGAUCAGGCAAUGGGAAGAAUCUUGGCAGCAAGUGAAGCAGGCCUGUGAUGCCUGGCAGAGAGAGGCUCAGGAGGCCAAGGAAAGAGCCCGUGUGGCAGACAGUGACCGGCAGCUGGCCCUGCAGAGGAAAGAAGAGGUGGAAGCCAAGGUGAAGCAGCUGCAGGAAGAAUUAGAGGGCCUGGGUUUGUCCUCACUGCCAGGGCUUCAGAGCUUGGGUGACAUCAGUGACAUCCCUCUCCCCAAGCUGCAUUCUCUCCAGAGCAAGCUGCGCUUGGACUUGGAGGCUGUGGAUGGGGUGAUCUUCCAGCUCCGUGCCAAACAGUGUGUGGCCUGCCAGGAGCGGGCCCAUGGCACUGUCCUGCGGCCCUGCCAGCACCGUGUCUUAUGCGAACCAUGUGCGGCCAGUACCCCUGAGUGCCCCUACUGCAAGGGCCAGCCCCUACCAUGGUGACCAGAGCCAGACCCAUUCCUUCCCUGGUGAGCAGUAUAAAGGCCUGGGCAUGCCACGUGCCACUACAGUGUCGAAACUUGCCUCUGGUACCCCACGCCAGGAUGUGAGCUCACACCCACUGUCCAACAGCCUUUCAUAUUAUUUUCUUCCCUGCCAUGUCCCACCAUCGGUGUCAAGGUAUUAUCGAAGAACCUCUGAAGCACCACCAAACCCACUGCCUGUCCCCUAGGCAGGUAGCAUGCUUUUGGUGCCCCCAGUCCUGAGGCUGCUGUGGCCAGGCCAAUGGGAGGUCGGGCCUCGUCAAAGCACUUUGUGAACCGAGGAAUUAGAUAUUAUAAAUUGUAUAAGCUGCUUUCUAGGUCCAUGUUUUUUAAUAUGCGAUAACAUGAAGCUUUAUAAGUAUACUGUGAACUUGAAGUUUCCUAUCAGUUUGUGGUUGACUCAUAGUAAUGGUAACUACGUUAGAUUUCAUACUCUGAAACUAUUUAGGAAAGGAACAUUUAUCUAGUAGUGAAGCACUAGAAUUUUUACAUUUUAAAAUUAAGUGCAAACAAAUAGUAUUUAUAAGCAGAGAGUGGUUAUUGAAAGACAUAUACAUUUAGAUGUUCUUAAUUUUAUGGAAGGAACUAAUUUUCCUAAACAUGUGCAGGUGCACAUGUGUGUGGAGUUUUAUAUUCCAGUAUCAUAGAGUGAUAUCCAGAGCUCUGUCGCGCACUUAUGUGAUCCGUGGCCACUUCCAAGUGCCUGUGCCUUGCAAGAGAAGUGAAGGAAUUGGUUCAUUUGGUUUUUUUCUUCUCCCUUGAAAGACAAUUUCAUGCUAAUGAAAAACACAGCAAAAGAGUCAGACAUUCAGAGGAGUCCAAGAUCUACUGGAAGGAGCUGUGCUCUGAUGUCUUAUCGUCUGUAAUGGCAACGGUGCUUUGUAACCUCUGAGUCGCCUGGGGCACCCCAGCUUGUGCUGAACAAGGGGCUGCGAACCUGAGACUGCAGUCUGCUGCACCUGUGACCACCCUCACCUCCAGCUGAUCCAGAGGGGCCCAGAGGCACGAGUCCAGGACAGUCUUGGCACACAUCUGGUACCUGAGCUGCACAGCCAGAUAGUAAUAGAAUUCAUCACAGGACCAGCAAACACAGCUCUGCUACAGUUCACCCAUCAGUUUCCAAGGUGAAUGUGGCUGCUGCUCACAGCUUGGCCUCUGGUCUGUGGCUCAAAUUCUGCUGAGACUGUAUCGAGGGUGGUGACUUCAGCUCUCUACCAUAAAGACUGGGACUGUUCCUGGAAAUCUAGGGAGGAGACAUCUGUCCAGGUGACCCCUCCCAUGGUGGCAGACCUAGAACAGGGUAGGUAUCCUACCUACAGGUUCUGCCCAGGCCUCGAAGUGGUUCUCCUUCCCCAUGGCUUUGCCAAAGACUUUUAAUAGCAUUUUUUAAGUGCAAAGUGACUAGAUAUAAAACAUUUUUAUCAGUGACCAAAUUAGAAUGUAUUUAAUAUAGUAGGAAAUUUAAAAGCAUUUUUUAAUAUAAGACAAACUGAUAGAAAAGACCUAUAUCAUUUUAAAGGAAAUGGAUCUUCAACAUUCCACAGCUAGCCCACUACUUAAUAAGGUAACUAUUGACCUGAUUUCAGUGACUUUUGUUUGUAAUUAUAGUGAUAAUGAUUUAUUAGCUCAGUACCUAGAUCAUGUGUAUUUUGUGCUACUGUUAUCAUGGUUUAAGAUUGUUUAUUUUUAUUCAUAUUUAUGAACUGUUUCCCAUGUCAGGCUUUUGGUCUCUGUGGUAACAGGACAGUGUUUGUGAUUGAUAGCUCAUCGGGACAAUUUCAAGUUGUAUACAGUUACAUUAAGCUUUAGAUUGUAUGUAAGCUACUCUGGUUAACUCCUCCUGGGCUGACAUUCCAGGCUGGGGCUGGGCAGUUCUGGGGCUGUUGUGAUGGCUGGGGAGGCAGGCGGUAGUGCACCCUGGGUCCCAUCCCAUGCGGGGAGCUUUCCUGAGCAUCUGCUCUUCUGGAAUCAGGCUGAGCUCUGAGGACAGGUGUGCAGGGGAGGACCAAAGAACGUCCCAGAAGGGGCCACUUUUCCCAUCCAUUCCAGACCUCUUAGGAGCUGAGGCUUCUAGGAUCUACCCUGGGUGGGAAGGGCCAAGAAGGGGAGAGAGAGCCUUAAGGCCCGUGUGUGGGUAAUGGAGGUGGGGCCAUGGGUCUAGGAACUGGGACCCACCACUGUCCUGAUGCCUGUUGUCGUCUAACUCUCUAGUGUUGAAUAGUAACAGUAUAUGGUAGUGUCAGAGUCUUGUGUACCUGGUUGGCAGGCCUUCCCCCAGUAUGGAUGCGCAUGUGGAUUAACUUAUGGAAGCCUUUGUGUUCAUUUGUUCUCAGAAAUUAGUUGAGAAUGUUAUGUGAAUGGAAUCUUCUUAACCCAGAUGGUCAUAUUUAUAAUACAUAACCAUUUACUUUAGUGAAUUGUUAAAGUUGUUAACAUUUGUUUAAUUUUUUUUACAAUAGCAUUUAUGCAAUGGUUUACAGAAGUCAUGGAGUUAUUUUUUAUCAGUAUGGAAUUAAUUAAAACUUUGAAUCUUUA